CCACGAGUGGACCGCUUGCACCCGCGCGUGCAGAACCCAUGGAUGGGGUCACCACCAUCCCUCCUCUCCUCCUCCCCAUCUAGUCAUCUGUUCCAAACCAGUGGAAAGCUAGGGUUUCGCCGACUCGCGAGUGGAGGGCGCUGCUCGUCGCCAGGCUCGUCGCGCCGUCCUCGCCGGCGGGAAGGCCAGUCCUCCGUCAGCAUCCUCUCUUCCGUUGGUCAUCCUCCCUCUCUUUCGCCAGUCGCCAUCGCUCUCUUCCACUGGUUCGCUCUCUCCGUCAAGCCGUUUGGUUCCGCCGGCUCUCUCUGCCACGCCCCUCUCUUUCGUCGACUCUCUCCGUUGAGCUCUCUGAGCACCUUCACUUAACUGGGGCCGUAUUGCCAAUUCAAUGAUGGGAUCGGCACAAGAUUGGGCAUUUGGAUGGCAGCCGUGGACGGGACCGGCACUGGAGGACCUGCUCCCACAACUCUCCCAUGAGGAGCAACUACGAUUGCACAACCACUUGCGUGAGCACGAGCGUAUCCUCAAGUGGCACAACAAGAAUUCUCCUCCAAUAUCUUCUCUGCACUCAGAAGGGGAGCGUGACUUCUUCAUCAUUAUCCAUGUCCGCUACGCUCUCCACCAUUACAAUGCCAAACACCCAGAUGAGGAGUUUGAUGCUGUGAAGCCUCUGAUGGAAUCCAGUGUACGUUUCAGGGGCCAGGUGUGGUUCCACAUCAACUUCUGGGCUCGCUCCCGCAAGAGCAAAAAGAUCAAGCGCUUCUUUGCUGAGGUGCACUACAAGCCUCCCAGCAGCAGCAGCUCUGUCUGCUCUUACCUGCCAUUUCCAGUCCCAGGAGCUGAGAGGCCACCCAGCAGCAGCUCCGUCUCCUCGGAUCUGCUACUUCCACUCCCAAUUCCUGUCGUUGAAGCAUGCACCAUCAUUGAAGAGCCUCUUGGGCAGUACAGGAAGAGCUGCGCGUUUUGUCGUGGUCACUUAGACAUUUUACACCCCAUGGGUCGUAAAUUUGUUUGUGGAAACGACAAGGACCGGUUUGAGCAACAACUCUUGCCGUGCGGGUCUAUAGGGCUUGAGAUGCCAUUCACUUGCCGCCUGGGUCCGGCCUCUGUCAACAGUAGUCAUGGGGAAAAAGAAGACUAGGGGGAAUAAUGAAGUGGCCCCUUGGACGCCCUUUUGCUCGCAUCGUUUGUGCCAAUCAAGUCUGGUGAUAACAGAAAUUGAAUUGUCUUGUACUACCUUCGUCCUCAAAAUAUAAGAAAAACUAAAUGGGACAUAUCCUACUAUUAUGAACCUGGAUAAAAAUGAUUCUACUCAGAUUCAAUAGUUUCUUAUAUUUUCAACGGAGGGAGGGAGUAAAACGUUAGCAGUCCUCUUAUCUUGUGCAGAAUAUGAUUGUACACUGUUCAGAACUCUUGAGAUUCAGAAUAUUGUUUGCCUGAGGGAGGUUGAUAGAUA